GACGGCAGGCCCUGUGGCUGCAGCGCCCACAGGAACAUGCAGGCGGCAGGAGAUGAUGGCGGAGCGCAGACGUUCAGAACCUGUGGGCCUUAAAGUGUGACAGAAGCCCCCUCGCAGGGGUUUGAGCAGAGAGUGACACCACGGUGUGAUGCAGGUUCCCAAGAUCACUUGACUGCGGUGCUGAGACCAGACUGAAGGGAUACAAGGGAGACCUUCCUGGGAUAACCCCGGUGAAGCAUGAUGGCAGAUUAAGCCAGGCUGCUAUUAGCCAUGGUUGUCCUUGGGAAAUGGAAUGGAACUUAAAUGAAUGGAUCAGGAGGAGAUGAAAAUCCCUUCUUGAACUGUGGCCUGUUGCUGUUACCUUCCUAUAUAUCUGCUCCAGGGCGUCCUGAUCCUGAGUUGACCUGUGGCCUCAGUCAUUCUACCCAGGAAAAUCUCAGCCCAGCCAGUGCCCUUGGAUGUGUCAUCUCCACUGCAGACCUUUCCCACCUCGAAUGUGUUAUUUUGGUCUUUGUGUCUUCUUGCUCCCUGGAGCUGGCAGAGGCAGUAUUAAUGCAGAACACGACUUCAUCUUCUGACUUUAUCCUCCUGGGGCUUCGGGUGAACAGUGAGGCUACAGGGAUUGUAUUUACAGUUAUCUUUGCUAUUUUUGUGGUGGCUGUAACCGCAAAUUUGGUCAUGAUAUUCUUGAUCCAGGUGGACUCCCGCCUCCACACCCCCAUGUACUUUCUUCUCAGCCAGCUGUCCAUCAUGGACACCCUUUUCAUUUGUACCACUGUCCCCAAACUCCUGGUGGACAUGGUUUCUAAGGAGAAAACCAUUUCCUUUGUGGCGUGUGGCAUCCAGAUCUUCCUCUACUUGACCAUGAUUGGUUCAGAGUUCUUCCUGCUGGGCCUCAUGGCCUACGACCGCUACGUGGCCGUCUGCAACCCUCUGAGGUACCCAGUCCUGAUGAACCGCAAGGUGUGUCUUUUGCUGGCUGCUGGCGCCUGGUUUGGUGGCUCCCUGGAUGGCUUUCUGCUCACCCCCAUCACCAUGAAUGUCCCCUACUGUGGCUCCCGCAGCAUCAACCAUUUUUUCUGUGAGAUCCCUGCGGUCCUCAAACUGGCCUGCGCCGACACGUCCCUGUAUGAAGCCCUGAUGUACAUCUGCUGUGUGCUCAUGCUACUCAUCCCCAUCGCCAUCAUCUCCGCCUCUUACUCCCUCAUCUUGUUGACCGUCCACCGCAUGCGCUCGGCUGAAGGCCGAAAAAAGGCCUUCACCACUUGCUCCUCCCACUUGACUGUGGUCAGCAUUUUCUACGGGGCUGCCUUCUACACAUAUGUGCUGCCCCAGUCAUUCCACACCCCUGAGCAGGACAAGGUAGUGUCAGCCUUCUACACCAUCGUCACACCCAUGCUGAAUCCUCUGAUCUAUAGCCUCCGAAACAAGGAUGUCACAGGGGCAUUUAAAAAGAUAUUUGCGUGUUGCUCAUCUGCUCAGAAAGCAGCAACGAGUGAUGCUUAGAGGGUCAAUGCUAUGAGAGAUUAAAGCUCUAAGAACCUCCUCGUGUGCUGUUUCACUAGAGAUUAUUUGGUCUAUCAAAGUAUACUAAUAAUACUAUUGACAAUUUUUUAGUUCAUCCUGUCUGGAUUCCUGCUCCUAAGGGGGAAGAGGAAGAUGUUUCACUGUUAUACAGAGACCUU